UUCAAAACUACUCAUAACGUUGGUCGAGAAUAUUGCUUGCUCAUGUUACGUCCCCCGAACUUUGUCUUGAGAACUUCAACUCAAACUUCAAAGAUCUUAUAUUAUCAAUCGUAAUGUUCCGUAACCAGUAUGACAACGAUGUGACUGUAUGGAGUCCCCAGGGGAGGAUUCAUCAGAUAGAGUAUGCCAUGGAGGCUGUCAAGCAAGGCUCUGCGACCGUAGGUCUCAAGUCCAAGACCCACGCUGUGCUCGUGGCCCUCAAGAGAGCUUCGUCAGAGCUGUCCUCUCACCAGAAGAAGAUUAUUCCUAUUGAUGAUCACAUCGGUAUCUCCAUAGCUGGGCUCACAUCCGAUGCCAGGAUGCUAAGCAAAUUCAUGAGAACAGAAUGUCUGAAUUCCCGCUAUGCAUACGAGACUCCGCUACCUGUUUCAAGAUUAGUUGCUGAAAUUGGCAACAAAUCUCAAAUCAACACACAGAGGUAUGGACGGAGACCAUAUGGUGUAGGGCUUCUUGUAGCUGGGUAUGAUGAGAUGGGUCCUCAUAUCUUCCAAACCUGCCCGUCAGCCAACUACUUUGAUUGUAAGUGCAUGGCCAUCGGAGCUCGAUCUCAGUCAGCAAGAACCUACCUUGAAAAGAGGCUUGAUGAAUUCCAGAACUCUACCCUUGAAGAACUGGUUAAGCAUGGACUGAGAGCUCUAAGGGAUACACUUCCAAAUGAGAGUGAACUCAACACAAAGAACUGCUCGGUCGCUAUCGUAGGCAAGGAUGAGAAGUUUACAGUCUAUGAAGAUGAUGACGUUGCCAAAUUUCUGGCUGGUAUAGAGACAGAAUCCAGAUCUAAGCGACGCCAAACGGACCAAGCUACCAUGGAUACGGACACCCCAGCAACAGAAGGUGAACAAGCGCCCUCUACAGGUUCAGAGCAGCCAAUGGAGCAUUAACACUGAUCUAAAAGUGGUGUAGGGGAGCAAGUGUUUUUGUAAUGUAUAUUGUUCAUAGUACAACUGUUGAUAUUCUUAUUGUUAAUUUGGUUUGUUUAUAAACAAGUCUACUUUCUCCUUGAUCAUGUGGGAAUGAGAGGAGGCGUGAUAGCUCAGUCGGUAGAGCGGUGACUCGGUUUUGAUUCACACUUGAUAAUGGUUGCCAUUCAUCAAUUUUGAUUGACUCUCUCAUUCCGACUUGAUGCAAGUGUGCCCUAUAGUAAGGUAUUUAUCUUAAUUGUCAGGUCCCUCGGAGAGGACUCUAAACCUGCAGUCCAUUUGUUGCUAUCAAUCCAGUAAUAACGAAUCUAAUCCAUUCAUCAUAUUAAUCUUGGACUGACUCUCUCAUUGCCACUUAAUGUGCCAGUGCCUUUAGUAAGGCAUUUAUUCUCAUUACAAGUUUCCUUGGAGAAGACCUCAAACCCUAAGUCCUCUGGUUGCUCACUAUUCAUGAAUCCAUCAGUUAAUUUAGAGUGAUCCCCUUGUAAAAUAUUAAAAGUGCUACCUGUCACUGUUGGGAAAGAUACAGGUUUAAUUUCCUAAUGCCUCCUUUCAGAAAGGACAAAGGUCGCCAAUAUUUUUCAUAUUGAUUGUGGACGAAUCAUCUCACUUCUGACAAUAAUUGCGUUUUAAUUAUGCUUCAAAUGUAAAACAAAAUCGGUCAAAACUUGCAUAGAAACAUUUGGUACGUCAAUAAAAUAACUUUGUCAAAGAAAAUUUACACAAAAUAUUAGUAUUGUAGGAGCUCAGUUUAGUGAAUUGGAGUAAAAAGUAUGAUUUAUUGAUAAUUUAACAAUAGAAAAUAGAUUUUUUAUAUCUGAAAAUUGAUAAAAUACAAUGUUCUUGGGGAUAUUGCACACCACCAUUCACUAACUUUCUAUCUGAAUUAUAGCCAACAUUUUGAUAAUUUUAAUUUUCAUCAGAAAAAUGCUAAUGCUACCGUUGCAUCUAUGAAAAUGACACCUGGGGGGGUUUCAUAAAGCUGUUCAUAAGUUCAGAGUGACUUUAAGAACGAAUGGUGAAACUCUUAUGUGCUAAACCAUCUCCAGUGAACAUUUUGGUGUAUACCAGUAAACACAAGAAAGGUUAACCAGUCGUUCUUGCAGUCACACUUAACUAUGAACAGCUUUAUGGAGCAGCCCCCAGACUGAAAAAAAUAUAUAUCUUUUGUGUUAUUGGUGAUGACAAACCAGUUGUUGGUGUGACAUGGUCUGUCUGUUGGAAUUCUACUAAGGAUCAUUGUAUAGUGUAUUUCCUAAGCUUUAUUAUAUGUUUAGACUAUUUUGUAAAAAAAUAAAAUGUUUUUUUUUAAGUAAACACCACCGGGGGGCCUGUAACACAAAGUUUAACAAUGAUUGUAGAACAAUUUCCUACGCUUCCACUGCAUUGACUACAAUGUUCAAUAAAUCUUGAAAUCAAGCAUUAAUUGCUAACCUUUGUGAUGUGGGACCCAGAUGUCCCUUGAAGACAGCACCCUGGGGUGUUGAAACAAUACACCUUCAAGAUUAACACCAAUUAGUUUUAAAAUAAGUGUUAUGAUAACACCUACAGGUUUUGAACUAACACCAAAAGUUAACACUGGAGUAGAAUGACUUGUGUUGUCCUCUAUACUGUACACCAUCCACACCACAUUGUUUACUGUGUGUAGAAUGUUA